UAAUAUAUAUGUUUGUGUGCAUAUAUAUAUAUAUAUAUAUAUAUCUCCUCCCAACUAUAAAAUCAACAUGUUUUAGGGGUAGGGGAGUGGAAGUAAUGAAAAGUAGGAUAUAAGAAUGAAGAAAUCUCUCAGGUGUUCAUGUUCCUGGCUACUAUUAAAUAUUUUGGCCUAUUUGUUUUAUUUUUCUAGAGUUACAACUUCUUUAAGAUUUUAUAUGUUUAUUAAUGAAUUCUCAAGUGAUCAGCAAAACAUUGCUUUUCAUUCUAAAUUUUAAUUGAAAAUUUAUAAACUUGUAUAGAAAUAAAGAAUAGAUACUGAACCUCAUAAACCCAUCCUUUGGGUUCAGUAAUUGUCAGCAGUUUGCUGUACUUCUUUGUGUCUUUCUAUCUUUAUGUUUCUUUAUCAUGUAGUAUUGUAAACGAAAUUUCAAGGAAUAAAUCUUUUCGCCCCUAAAUUCUGUAUUAUUCAUAAGGACAUUUAGGACAAGGAUUUUCGAUCUUUUUUAACCUGAAAACAUCCACAGGAGAACCUGAGACUCAUCUUCAUUUUAUCUUUGUCUAAAAAUGCUUAGGACAAAUGGUCCAUCACUUUUGGCAAGGAAAUUUAAAGAUAGAACACUUAGGUGACUUUCUUUGCUAAGACUUGAGCUUGGAAGGACCAUUUGACCUCCACACUAUAAAAGCUCCAUAAAAGGCAAGUGAAUGAGUCAGAACCCUUCAUACCUGAGAAGUAAGGUAAUCUGUUAUAAACAUUACUUGAAGUGGGACCUUUUCUUUGGUUGAGCUUUUAUUUAGCUUCUAUUUUGAGGGUAAAUUUCAGAAAUUAAAACAGCAUUGUUACAUAUUUGUAUUCACAUGUAAAUGUGAAUACAUGUAUGUACGCACACAAACACAAGUAUAGGUCAGAAUAUAACCACUAGCCUAUGCAUUAUAUUUGGCAUAAGGCCAUUUGAAGAUGUAGUAAUGGCAGUCUGCCAUUAAUAGUGUUCAUUUUAUACUGUUUUUUCUUGGUGACAGGGAAUUCAUGUUAUUAAACUUCAUUGUAAAAUUUAUAUGAACAAAAUAAGUUUUUCAUACUCAGUUGCCUGAAGGCAGAUGCUCUCUCAAGUCGCAAGUAUGACCCCACUUAUCUGACUAAAAAUAUUUGUAGUUGAAGUUCUGUCAUCUUCAUUGUAUGAGAUCUGAAACUGUGCUAGGGCUUUAAUAGGUUUCUGUGAUAAGUUUGUGGAAUAUUCCUCUAUUUAAAAUCUUAAUUUUGUUGUUUCAUAUGUGCCAUCUUCUGUAGGGAGAACUGGUAAAGCAAAUCAGACUUCUUAAUAUCACAGCAAUGCUUGUUUCACGCCUAAUUUGUAAAAUAGUAAACAUCAGUAAAAUACAGAUUCAUUUAGGUUCUGUUUAUCUUUCCACAGUUGCUUAGUCAUCUAUCUGGAAAAGUCACAGGCUUAGGCCAGCUGUGCAGCUAGAUUCUGGGGUAGUACAGGAAUUGACGCUGCCAAGUACACAAAAGAUAACUGCACCUUACAGAGCUUUCCUUGCAACAGACUAGCACUUAAUAUAUGUUAUUUAGGCAGCACUGUAUAAAUGACCUUUAUUGGACAGACCAAACUAAAUUUUAUUUUUUGGCAAAAAUUUUACUAGUUGAUGUCACUCUGAUUGAGCCAGUUUUAUAAUUUUUCAUGUAUAAAAAAGAUGAAAUUUACAUUUAAUGUUAAAAUAUUUUGAAGUAAGCAGACUCUUGCUAACUCAGUGUGAGCAGGUAACAUAAUGCUGCUAAAAAGUUUAUAAAAGCCAUACUGAUAAAGAAUGGAGGCUUGAUUGAUGCUUUUAGUUAUAAGAAAUAUCUUGUGAAGUAAGCAAGGUGAUAAAACUUGUGGACAGUCAGCUUUUCCCAUUGAAUAACUUGUUUACAAUUUCAGGCAAUAUGUAGUUUGUAUAUGGUAUACAAAUCAUUAUUGUUUUUGUCUUUUUUAAAACCUAUUUUUUUGAGACAACAAGGAUGAACUUUGAAGGCAUUGCAUGGAGUGAGAUAAACCAGACAAAGACACUUAUUCAAGCGAAGAAAUGUUGCUACAGCAGAAGAAGAAACAGAAGAAGAAGUUAUGUCUGAUGGAGGCUUCCAUGAGGCUCAGAUUAAUAACAUGGAGAUGGCACCAGGUGGUGUUAUUACUUCAGACAUGAUUGAAAUGAUAUUUUCCAAUAGUCCAGAGCAACAGCUUUCAGCAACACAGAAAUUCAGAAAAUUGCUUUCAAAAGAACCUAAUCCUCCUAUUGAUGAAGUCAUCAGCACACCAGGAGUAGUGGCCAGGUUUGUGGAGUUCCUCAAACGAAAAGAGAAUUGUACACUGCAGUUUGAAUCAGCUUGGGUACUGACAAAUAUUGCUUCAGGAAAUUCUCUUCAGACCCGGAUUGUGAUUCAGGCAGGAGCUGUGCCUAUCUUCAUAGAGUUGCUCAGCUCAGAGUUUGAAGAUGUCCAGGAGCAGGCAGUCUGGGCUCUUGGCAACAUUGCUGGAGAUAGUACCAUGUGCAGGGACUAUGUCUUAGACUGCAAUAUUCUUCCCCCUCUUCUGCAGUUAUUUUCAAAGCAAAACCGCCUGACCAUGACCCGGAAUGCAGUAUGGGCUUUAUCUAAUCUCUGUAGAGGGAAAAGUCCACCUCCAGAAUUUGCAAAGGUAUCCCCCUGUCUGAAUGUGCUUUCCUGGUUGCUGUUUGUCAGUGACACUGACGUACUGGCUGAUGCCUGCUGGGCCCUCUCAUAUCUAUCAGAUGGACCCAAUGAUAAAAUUCAAGCAGUCAUUGAUGCAGGAGUAUGUAGGAGACUCGUAGAGUUGCUAAUGCAUAAUGAUUAUAAAGUGGUUUCUCCUGCUUUGCGAGCUGUGGGAAACAUUGUCACAGGCGAUGAUAUUCAGACACAGGUAAUUUUGAAUUGCUCAGCUCUGCAGAGUUUAUUGCAUUUGCUGAGUAGCCCAAAGGAGUCUAUCAAAAAGGAAGCAUGUUGGACAAUAUCUAACAUCACAGCUGGAAAUAGGGCACAGAUCCAGACUGUGAUAGAUGCCAACAUUUUCCCAGCCCUCAUUAGUAUAUUACAAACUGCUGAGUUUCGGACAAGGAAAGAAGCAGCUUGGGCCAUCACAAAUGCAACUUCUGGAGGAUCAGCUGAACAGAUCAAGUACCUCGUAGAAUUGGGCUGUAUCAAGCCACUCUGUGAUCUCCUCACAGUCAUGGACUCUAAGAUUGUACAGGUUGCCCUAAAUGGCUUGGAAAAUAUCCUAAGGCUUGGAGAACAAGAAGCCAAAAGGAAUGGCACUGGCAUUAAUCCUUACUGUGCUUUGAUUGAAGAAGCUUAUGGUCUGGAUAAGAUUGAAUUCUUACAGAGUCAUGAAAACCAAGAGAUCUACCAGAAGGCCUUUGAUCUUAUUGAGCAUUACUUCGGGACCGAGGAUGAGGACAGCAGCAUUGCACCCCAGGUUGACCUUAGCCAGCAGCAGUACAUCUUCCAGCAGUGUGAGGCGCCUAUGGAAGGUUUCCAGCUUUGAAGCAAUACUCUGCUUUCAUGUCCCUGUGUCAGACCAGGCUACCCAGUCAAGUCCUCUUGUGGAGCCCACAGUCCUCAUGGAGCUAACUUCUCAAAUGUUUUCCAUAAUACUGUUUGCGCUCAUUUGCUUGCCUUGCGCACCUGCUCUCUUACACACAUCUGGAAAACCUCUGGCUCUCUGUGGUGGAAUACCCUUCUAAUAAAAGGGUAACCAGAAUGGCCCACUCUCUCAUGGAAAACCCUAGGCUUUGGAGAUCCGCACAUAUAUUAUAGAGUCAUGGGAAUAUACACAUAUUAAUGUGGCUUCCCCCCCCCCCCCCCUUUUGUGGGGAAUAAAAAAGGACUACUCAUUCCCUUUAAUGUGGGGAAAAAUACUGACAUUAAAAGAUGAGACUAAACCUUUAUCUUGAAUUUCACACAACUACUUGCAACAAGGGAGAUGUUUAGACCUGUUGUGUACUUCAGAGUACUUUUCAUGAGUUCUUCCACAGUGAACCCUUGGAUUACCUGGUGGCUUUUUCUAGCCAAAUUUGCAUUAAUUCUUACUGAGAUUGGAUGGUUUUCUUUGCUCUGUUGGCACCAUUCUCCACACAUAAUAAACCAUCCACUCCCUCACCUUCAGCCUUCAGUGAAUGUGCUUUCUAGUUGUCAGGAAUGCUGAAGAAUUAACACCUUGACUCUUAAAUGUGAUACUGGUUUGAAGACUCCCUUAGAGCAGAAAGGAGAGGGGCACAUAUUAAUUGGUAUGGCUGUUGCUUCUGUUUGGUCUUAUGUGUUUUAGGAUUUGGAAGUGGUUCAAUUCUAAUGCUGGUAUGAAGAUUUAGAAAUCCUUAGUGAUCGAAACCGUAUCCUGUAGUUCAAUAAAAAAGCUAAAAACAGAAAAAAAAAAAAAAAACCCCACAAAACCCUCUGAUUUCUCCAAACUUAACCAGUGUGACUAGAGGCUGUUUCUGCAUUAAAACAAAUGUUUCAGGCUUUGUGGUCCUGAUCAAGGUCCUCAUUAAAUUGGAGUUCCCCCUCGGUGCUUUUCUCCUCUGUGACUGGCAAAUAACACACGCUUUUCAAGGUUACUUAGGGAAUGUUUUUCUUAGCUGGGUGCAGCUGGAGUCUCAGGUACUCAUGCUGCACAUAAGUAGCAUCCUUAUCUUAAACAACCAUCUGCUGGACAUGUCCUGUGUAACUCAAAUAAGGGCAGUGAUCUUUUUCUUAUAACCUCUUUGUUCCCUAAUCAUUUCAUCUCCUACUAGUACUGCCCAGUCAAGUCCCCCUCCAUAAAAUAAAAACACUUCUACCUUCUGGCUCAUUUAA